AUGCUCUUCGGCACCUUCGUCACACUGACUCAGGGAGUUGUGGCGGGUGCUGAAUGGUUUGCGUGCUACGUCAUUGAGUAUUCCCUGUCCGUCGACAAUCUUUUUGUUUUCAUUGUAAUUUUUGACUACUUUAAAAUCACUGGUGAUCGCCAGUCGCAAGUGCUCAACUACGGCAUUGCCGGCGCGGUGAUCUUGCGCUUUCUGUUUGUGUACCUGGGUGCACAGCUGCUGCAGAAGUUUGACUUCCUGAUCUUGUUCUUCGCUGCGAUUCUUGUGUAUGCAUCGUAUCAGGGGCUAGCCAGCCGCGAUGAUGAUGAUGAAGACGACACCGAUUCCAUCGAGGAAAGUGCCGUCUACAAGACCUUGACAAAUUUGUUCGAGAUCUCGCCUCGCUUGGAUGGAGACAACUUUUUUACGCAGAUUGAUGGGAGAUGGGUGGCAACACCAUUACUUCUGUGCUUGCUGGUCGUUGAGUUCAGUGACAUCGUGUUUGCCACGGAUUCUGUGCCUGCCGUGUUGGGAACUACCCAGGAUCCGUUUAUCGCAUACUCGUCGAAUAUUUUUGCGGUUUUCGGGCUGCGGUCCUUAUUCUUCAUCCUGCGAGAAGCCAUGACGAGGUUUACUUACUUGGAGCCCGCCGUGAGCUUCGUGCUCGGAUUCAUCGGACUGAAGAUCGUGGUGGACUACUUCGAAAUUAUAGAGGUUCCUGUCAUCGGCUCUUUGGCUGUGGUCCUCUCCAUCUUGGCCACUGGGAUCUACUUGAGCGUUAAGGAACUCGACGACUCCUCGCUUGAUCCAGGCAGCAAGUAG